GUGAUCCUGUCGGAGUUGAGCCCGGCGGGCGAGGUGCCCUUCUUCGAAACCUGGAUGCUGACCUGCAUGCCCGAGGAGGGGAAGAUCCUCAACCCCGACCACCCCUGCUUCCGCCCCGACUCCACCAAGGUGGAGUCCCUGGUUGCUCUCCUGAACAACUCUUCCGAGAUGAAGCUGGUGCAGAUGAAGUGGCAUGAGGCAUGCCUGAGCAUCUCAGCCGCCAUCCUGGAGAUUCUCAAUGCCUGGGAGAACAGUGUCCUCACCUUCGAGUCCAUCCAGAAAAUCACAGACAACAUCAAGGGGAAGGUGUGCAGCAUGGCAGUGUGUGCGGUGGCCUGGCUAGUGGCCCACGUCCGCAUGCUGGGCUUGGAUGAGCGGGAGAAGUCCCUGCAGAUGAUCCGGCAGCUGGCCACCCCCCUGUACAGCGAGAACACGCUGCAGUUCUACAAUGAGCGCGUGGUGAUCAUGAGCUCCAUCCUGGAGCACAUGUGCGCGGAUGUCCUGCAGCAGACGGCCACGCAGAUCAAGUUCCCCUCCACGGGCAUGGACACCAUCCCCUACUGGAACCUGCUGCCCCCCAAGAAGCCCAUCAAGGAGGUGCUGACGAGCGUGUUCACCAAGGUGCUGGAGAAGGGCUGGGUCGACAGCCGCUCCAUCCACAUCUUCGACACCCUGCUGCACAUGGGGGGUGUCUACUGGUUCUGCAACAACCUGGUAUGGGAGCUGCUGAAGGAGACGCGGAAGGAGCACACGCUGCGGGCUGUGGAGCUGCUCUAUGCCAUCUUCUGCCUGGACAUGCAGCAGCUGCGGACCCUGCUGGGCCACAUCCUGCCCAACCUGCUGACAGACUCCUCCAAGUGGCACACCCUCAUGGACCCGCCGGGAAAGGCCCUGGCCAAGCUCUCCGUCUGGUGUGCCCUGAGCUCCUACUCCUCCCACAACAAGGGCCAGGCGUCCACCAGGCAGAAGAAGAGGCACCGAGAGGAUAUUGAGGAUUACAUCAGCCUGUUCCCGCUGGACGACACGCAGCCCUCCAAGCUCAUGCGCCUGCUGAGCUCCAACGAGGAAGACGCCAACAUCCUCUCCAGCCCCA